GGCACAUUUCGGGUUCGGGCUGGAAUUACCGCGGGAGGUGAUGCUCGCGGCCGCGUUGGCGCUGCCAGCUGGGGGCGCCUGGUGCCAUGGCUAUGGGAGCGCGGUCUAGCCGCUCGGCGGCAGCACGGGCUGCGUUCCACUGAUGGGUAUCUACCUGCACCAGUGGACGGCUGCGGAGCCAGAGCCGCAGGCAGGGUGCGGCUGGCUACGGCGCGACGCUCCUCCGUUUGAGAUGACGGCAUCGGCGGGCAAGGCUAGCGGAGGCCUGCACGGGGACGAGGACGGCACAUGGGUCCAGGUGACGAAGCGCCGAAGCGAGGUAUGUACAGGUUCGGAAGUCGAGCUGAAUGGAUCCAGGUUCGAGGACGACAACCCGUUCGGCGCGCUGGAGGAGGCGAGCACCGAGGCGGCCGUUAGGCGCAGGCUACUGGUGGAGGCGCAGGUGGAGAAGAACUGUGGCCAAGAAAAAUUUGCCGAAGAAAACUCGGACGGCGGGCGCGCGCUCCUGGCGGAGGCCAUGGCGUUGGCGGCAGACGAGGCCGACGUUAGGAGCGAAGAGGAGGACGAGAGCUACGACGGCAGCUCCGAGGACGGCUCGGGCGGGGGCUUCGAGGGAGAGGACGCGGUGCUGUGGGAGUUCUGCGGCUGGGCGCAGAUCCUAGGUACCGACGCGGGGGACUACGUUGACGCUGCCGACGGCUCCCUGCGCGGGGCGGCACGCGCCAUGGAGGAGCUGGCGAGGGACCAGGGCACUGAGCUGGGCUUUGACCUGGACGACCUGCCGGCUUCGGGCAGGAGGGCAAGCAGCACAGUGAAGACGGUUUCGGCAAACAGCCAGAGGAGGGCGCCGCGACGGAGUGCAGCAAGGGCUGCGCGAAGGGCGUCGCUCCUGAGGAUUGCGUGCUGGCUCAGAGUGACCGCGACGACGUAGGGCCACUGCGUGGAAUCGCUGCUGGAAAGGGGAGCCGAUCGAGCCACUGGACACGGCACACCUUCCCAGCACCACUCGGAGCCCGGACGUACCGGGCGGGCGGGACAGGGGUGCGAAGCGCGGCCGCAAGCGGCCACACUUUGCCGCGCGGUCUGGUACACUCGGCCAACCACCCGCGAGGCGAGCCUGGUAUUCACUACCCCGCCCCGGGGUCCAGGCGGCACCACGCACGCGCUUGGCGCAUCUCCACGGCACCCUGCAAAGCCCGAGGGCCGAGGCAAUUGGUCGUUCCAGUCCCUUCUCCGGCCCCUGGGGCGCCCCCCGUCGCCACGGCUGGGCCCGCCUGUCUUGGGGAGGCUUGGGGGGGCGACGCACGAGAGGCGAUCCGCUGCCCGAGCGGGCCACAUGCGUGAAGCCACUGAUUCCAC